UUUAAUACGCGCAAUUUAAGCGUCGUUUUGUUUACGUUUUUGUUUGGAAUAAAAUAAUACAUAAAACAGUAGCAAUGGAUUUCAAUCAGAGUACCUACAAUGUGGAGUUUUUUAACUUCACGCCAGAGCAGAUAGCUGCUGAAAGGGACAGUCUAGUUCUAGCGCUCAUCGGCCGGGCUGUAAAGACGACAAUUCAGAAAAUUGAAACGCCAGCUACAACUGCACUAUUGGACCAGAGUAAGGAUGCUGUCAUUCGCCUAAUGAUGCAAGCCUGUCAGCCAAAACUUGAUGGCCUGCGUGAAAUGGAUAAAGUCUAUUUUGAAGUGCCUCCACAUGUACUGCAGAUCAAAGACUUUGAGCUGGAACAGCGGUUCACUAGCGAAGAGGAAGAGGCAAAGGCUGCACAGGUCAAACAGCUGAAGCUGCGUUAUCGCCAGAACUUGGCUAUGCUGGCUGAGCUAAAGGCAGAGGAGGAUAAGUACAGAGACAUAGAGCCGCUCGUGCAACAGGAGCUGGAGAUGCAUAAGCAAAUUUAUGCUGCUUGUGCGAAUUCCGACAUCAAAAAGAUAUACAAAUUCGCGAUGCGUGUGGCCAAAGAUCAGAAACUCUUGUAGGUUGCUCCUAAUCAUGCUUUC